UUGUGCAUUCUCCGGCAGGACAGAUAGGGAGGUUGAUAUGAGGCGAUCUGGCCUUCGCCCCCCCCCUCCAAGGCAGGGCAGGGAGGCGCUAGUACAGCCUAGCCUGGCCCAGGAAACUCACAGCUGCUCCAGAGCGGCCUUUGGUACGUAGCUGUCUGCAAACAAGCCAGUCAAUUAUUAAUAAAGCCCAGGAAACCAAAUCCUAGUGGAUGGGACAAGCCGUUCUCUGGGGAGGCACACAGGAGUCCUUUUCCCAGUUUGAGCAACAAGGGUUGAAAUGGCCAGCCGGCCAACGAAAGAGGGACCAUCCAUCUGGUCCUGGAGAAAAGGUUGCUGAAGAGCCGAAGGAGCCUCAAAAGGCAGCGACUAAAAGCAGCUCUUGGCCCUGCAGAGGACUUGGGGAUCAUCUCCGGGGGAGCGGCAUGGAAGGAGGAGUGGAAACAAUUGGGGGAGCCCCUCCACAUCACAGAGAGCGGGGUGAACAACAAGCGGGGGCCCAGCCUUCUACAGAGAAUGUGGCAUCCCCCAGACUCAUGGGGACACAGACCCAACCAAAGACCACUCCACAAGCAGAGAUGGAUGCCAGGCCAGUUAUUGGAGCUGCCAACCCCAGCUUUGUAGAAGACCCUCCCCCCUAUUCCCCGCCGGACCCAAAGACUCUCCACCUGUUGUACCCAACGUUCCAGACCAGCGGCCCUGGGCAAGGCCCUGUGUUUUACCAGCCAGCGCCUCUGAACCACCAGAUUCCUGGAUCCUACCCUUUCACCAUUUACAAUGGCUCCCUGUUCAGUGAGAUUCCCCUCGAGGCCGACAGGGGGCAGCCUCCCAAAGAUUACACGGUGGAGUCUGUGCUGGUGACAAUUUUCUGCUGCUUGCUCACUGGAGUGAUUGCGCUUGUCUAUUCCCAUGAGGCACGAGCCGCUUGGAAGAGAGGAGACUUCGUCCAGGCCAAGGCAGCCUCCAGUAAAGCUCACUUGAUGGUCUUGGUUAGCCUCUUCUUUGGAGUCUUUGCUUCGGUCAGCUGGGUGGUCUACGUUGUGGCGACUCUCUACCUGUGACUGAGGAUGUCAGAACUUGUCUGGGGUCCGUUGAUCACUCAUUGCUUAAGAGACACACACACACGCUUGAGACAACGAACAUAUAGCAUAUGGGACCUUUAUGCAAAAGAAUGUCCAUAUAAGGCCGUCUGGUCACCCCUGUGUUGUGUGCCUUCACCAUCUAGAUUCACACCCAGCACCGUCUGUCAACCACAUAUUCCAAGACUGGCCUUUCGCUUCCCCUCGACUGUUUGGCCAGACCAGCAGAGUCCGCGGAAAGAGGCGUCAUUCAUGGCAAGAACUGGAUGCAACAGAAACACUGAUGUUCUCUGGGAGGCCAGGCUGGGGAAAGCCAGCCUCAGAUCUUGGAUCUGCAGAGUCUGCUUCCCCUGAACAGGAUCCCCAAAGUCAGCAGGGGGUCAAAGGCGCAAACCCUUAUUCCCUCCUGCCUGCCUGGAUUUGGGGAGCUGGUGACCGCCUUGGACGACAGCAGACAUGGGGCUGCCUGUCCUGGGCUGCCUAUUUGGCUAACUAUUCAACAGCUGGAAACAAAAAAUGCAAACAGUUGUAAAGCAGUGGGUAUUCUCCGUGAAUCUGUCCGAUUUUAAAAGACAUCUAAGCCAAUUGUAAUCAUUUUGGGGGCAGAAGGCAGAGAGACCAACAGUAGGUGAGGCCAGAACCAAUGACAGGCAGAGCUACCCUCUGAUUGGUUGCAAGUAAGAAGGCAGGCAAGUGGGGGCUGGCUGAGGCAGCACCCCACUUGCCCCAAUGCACCAGCCUCCAAUGGGAUCUCAAGAUAGGGCUGGGAAACGCUCCUGAAUGCUCUCUUGGAGAGCCAGUGCCGGUCAGCACCGAAGAGGCGGUGCCCUCCAGAUGUUGUUGGGACUCCAACUCUCAUCAGUCCCAGACAGCAUGGCCAGUCAUCAGGGAUGAUGAGAGCUGUAGUCUGGCCACAUCCUGGGAGGGUGCCACGUUGGUGAUCUCUGUCUUAGAGAGUACUGAGCUUAGAAGGACCUAUGACCUGACUUGGCAUAAAGCAGCCUCCAAGGUUUCCAUGUUCAUUUUAAAAAGGUGGGGGACAGGAAGCGUGCAACAUUUCCCGCAAAUGGUGUCAGAUCCGUGUCUGCAAAUUUCUCUCUUGUACAAGGAUAAAUCAUGCAUGCAAAUAACACGUCGUCAAGAAAUGCACUACAAGUGCAAUAAAAAUGAGUUAUUUAGAAA